AUGGCUAGAGGAAUAGUGAAGGAGUUUACUAACGUUGACUUGGUGGCCAAUGUUAUUUAUAUAUAUUUGAUGUUGAUAUUCUUCUAUAUUGUGAUUGGAGUGAUCUUUUAUGCUGUGAGAGAAUACUACAUUUCUUUCAAAGAAAGACCACCAUCAAUAACUGAUGCAAAAAUAGAUAAUUGGAUUGACAGUAAAGAAAAGAGUCCUAUUGAUUUGGAAAACUUAGGUUCGUUGAACAGAAAUCUUUCUCCUGAUGGUGGUAAUUCAUUUGCAAAAUCUACAAAAUUAGGUAUUAGAAAAGUUAGUCAAAUAUCCGUAGAGCUUGAUAGUCAGUUGAUAAAGAAUAUUGACGAUUUCAAAAAGAUUGAAAUAAUCUAUGAUGAAAUUAAUAGUGGAGAAGUUCAAUCAGUCAAUAAAUACUUAUAUCGAGAUAAUCAUAGAUUCACCUACAAUCUAGAAGACCUCAAUGAUAUCAAAGAAAGUGUUCAAGAACUUCCCUGGAAUAACAAAGUCAUCAAGAUGUCUGAAAUCUUGAGACUUCUGUUCAUAAUACCUAAAAUAGAACUUUCAACUUAUGAGAAUAAUAGACUUAUCAAAAGCAUCGAGUUGGAUCUUAUUGGUCAAGAUACCGACAUCACCACUAAAUCUUUAGCCUUAUUGAAAUUGAUCGCUCUAGGUGUUAAUGAAAGUAAUACUGUGUUCUUCAUGCACUCAUUCAAUGAGUUGGUUGAAUUUAUGAUUGAUACGGGUUUAGUGUUCAGGAUAAUCGAAGCCACCCCGGUUGCCAAUCUAAGACUCCUCACUAUUGAGAUGUUAUUGAAUUAUUGUUAUCAACAUUGGAAUUUUAAACACAGGAUAGAUGAUAAAAGCUUAUCAAUUCAAUCAAGAAUCACAAUAUUCAGAUUAUUGUGUAAUAUCAAAUUAGAGGUGACGUUGAUGGAAAGUCUUCAAUCGGAGAUGUUACGUGAGAUCGAAUUCAAGAUCCAAUCAACUACAAGAGAAGUAAUCAAGAAAAAUUAUUGCAAUGAUUAUCUUGAAUUCAUACCCAUGAUUUCUCAAGCGGUUUCAAUCAACCAAACUCAUAGUGUUAAAUACUUAUUCUAUGAUGUCUUGUAUUUGAUAAUUUCUCAGCACCAUGAUUGUUGCAUGAGAGAUUACCUUCGUGACGACAUUACCGAUUUGAAAUAUUUAAUGCAGCAUGGCUUUUGGUAUGAACAUAACGAAAAAUUGAUCCGAAAAGUUGCAGAGAUUCACGAAUUCCUAAUGUCCAAAGGGUUCGGUAAUACUCAAAGUUGGCAUAAUGAAACCAAUGGAGGUAAGAAAUUCAUACAUCCCAUUAAUCCUUUCAUACCUAGUCUUAAUCAUCAGCCUCAAUUAGAGGAACUUUCUGCCUCGAGAAUUCCUUACCCAUCCAUAUUCAAUGAUAAAUCCGUAACUCCUGGAGGUUUUCGGCUUUUCCAGUAA